AUGAUGGAUAGUAGCAAGGAAAAAAUGACAUCGACUUUACUACCGAGUCUACAUAUAAAUUUAUUACAACCACCGAUACUAAAUCAUGAAUCAAAAUCUCCAACAAGAUCACCAAUACGGUCUCCCUCCAAGUACAACAUAUCAUUACCAGCUCAUGAACCGAUUAGUGAGUCAUUAUCAAACUUAUCAUGUAAAAGACCAAGAAGUGCAUCUCCUACAAAAUCAUCUUCAAUUCCGUCAUUAAAUCAAUCGCAAAGACAGUCCAUAUUGUCAUCACCAACUAAAAAAAGACCUCAAAAAUUGACUAAACACCAACCAAUAAUAGUAACUGAUUCAGGUGAAAAAUACUUUAGAGCAAACUAUAGAGGUCCUGUUACAAUUCAAUACCUAAAGUUCCUAUGUAAAGUUGCAACAUACCAAAGUGGUGAAACUAAUCAGCAUAAAAAGAGGAAACUUGAACCAAUUAAAGUACAAAAUGAUGAGCCAAUUAGCAGUCAAGAUAACGACGAAGUAAAUUCACAUGAAACAGAGUCAGUCAAUGUAUUAUAUAACGACCUAAACAAUCAAACAGAUAAUGAGGACCCAAAUAUCAAUCAAACCCCACAAACGACUGCUCAAGUUGAUGAUUCAGAACCAAUCAUAACUUCUCAACAGGUCAUUAUCGAAAGUCAAACCCUUCGCCAAAAUCAUUCAAGUCAAAAUGAACCAGUAUCACCAUUUUUAUAUAAUGCAUCGGAACACCAAACUUCAAAACCAGUUUCUUAUUUACAAAAAAUACUAUCAGCUCAAAGAGCAAAAUCUUCCACAUCAAAUUCAGCAGGAUCAGAUCUAGUUGAAGAAAUUACCACAACAAACAACCAAAUUCCAGAACCAACAUCUCAACAAAAUCUACCGAAUAAUGAAAUUUUAAAACUGAGUCAAACUGAAUAUAGUGAACUUUUUAGUCAAAAUUCAUUUUCAUACUAUAGUGGAAAUUCAAGUCAAAAUUCUGCAAAACAAAGAUUUUUUAAGAGGCCAACGUUUGUAAUUGAAGAAGAUGAACCAGUUGAAAAAGUUGCAAAGAAAUCUGACGUUCCUGAAGAAAAUAACAAUCAGGAAGCACAAGACUUAGUUCAAGUGAAUGAUAAGUCGGAUAAGAAUUUAAUUGAUACGAUAGACAUUCCUGACAAAAUUAGAGAUGAUAAUAAUGCCCACAAUUCUUCACCGAUUAUUGACACAUCAUUGAUUAAGGAAGUUGAAAACUUACAGGGGAAUGAUCAAAUAGAAAACGACAAAAGAGCUCUAGAUCAAACCAAUGCUGACGACGAGAUUGAGAAGCUGCUUCCACUCGUCCCCAUUACAUCAGCUAAUGAAAACAAUAAAACACUCUCCCCCGAAAAUGAAGAAUCUGAUAGUCGAAGUCUAUUUGUUAGUGACCCGUUAUUUGUUAGUGACGUUGAUGAUGAAGCAGAAGAAGCCAUCGAUCGAGAAUUGUCCAAGCCAAUUGACGUGGGCGAAAACUUAGAAGAUAAGGAUAAUUUCACAAUUGAACUUAACGACCAAGACCAGGAACAAUAUCAGGAAGAUGUCGCGGAAAAUGAUGGAGAAGUUGAAAAAGAUGGUGAAGUAGCAGAUAUAAUAUCAACCAAGGAUGCACUAACGCGAGAUUUUACUUUGACCAAAGACAAAAAAAUUCUAGAUGAUGACCAAAUUACGGAACCCGCUUUAGCUGAACCCCAAGAUGUAAACGUAAUUGCAAACACAGACGCUAAUGUAAUUGAAGCAGAUUUGGAGAAAAUACCCACAAAAUCUAUGGAUGAAGACAACCAAGAAUCAGGUAUGGAAAUAAAUGGUAUCUCAGAAUCCCCAGAGGAUAUUGGACAGGAAUUAGAUGAAGUAUCUUCAUCUAGAUCUGAUAUGUCAACCAUUGGUUCAACUGAAGACGAUGAAGCAGGGCCGAGUACCAAAUUGGUGGAAGAAAACGAAAUAGACCCCAAAUCCGCUGAUCUAGAGGAAGAGCCCGUUGAAUUGAAUGGCUUUGGUGAUGACAAACUAUUCGUGGAAGAUGAAGAUGAAGAUGUGAGUAUGGCAAGUCCAAACAAUUUUCAACUAGAUAUCAAUAAAGCUGAAGUUGUGGUUUUAGAUACUGCGCCUGAAAAGUCUGAGAUAAAAGAUGUUCAGGAUCAAGUAAUUGAAACAGGAGAAGACUUUAUUGAAGAAUCGGAGGAAAAAUCACUUAGAGAUAAUGAAAAUUUACAAUUGGAUGUUAUAGUUGUCAAAUCAAGAUCACUGAAUGAAGAAAAUGGUGGAAAGGGUGAUAAUAGUGAAUUGAUUGAAGAGAUCACUAAAUUUGAACAAUCAGAGAAAGUAAAAGUACCAAUAAAUGAACAGUCACAAAAAGUUAUUGAAAACUUAGAGCUGUCAGAAGAAGUGCAAGUAGAAGAUAAAGAAGGCCUUUUUGUUAAUGAAAAGCCACAGGAAGAUGUACAAGCUCCACAAUUAGCUGAGGAAACAAAUCGAUCCAUAAAACAAGCGACUCAAGAAAAUAUAGAAGUGGUGGAAGAUCAACGACAGCAUGAAGAACGAUUGACGAAAGAAGGUGAAAAAUCAAGUGAGACCCAGCAAGAUGUAGAUCAUUUAAUGAAGCCUUUGUCAAUAAAAGAAACUGAUCAACUUGUAGCCUUCGAGGAAAGCGGAAUAAUGAAAAACAAAGAAACAAUUGAGGUGGAAGAUCCACUUCAAAAUAUUCCAAUUUUAAGACUAGUUGAAUUUGAUGAUCAAACUAACGAAAUGAUUAGAAUCAUUGAAUCGAACGACGAUGAUGAAUUUAAUGAAGGUAGUGACACAGAGUAUACGAUUAAAAUAGAUGAUAUCAAUGAAAUCGUUCAAAAUGUCAUUGAUCAAAACAAAUCAAACGAAGAAGCGAGUGAACAAAAUGAAGAUAUUCUCGAAUUGUCAAAAGCAGUAUUAAGAAAGAUCCAGUCCAAAUCAAAUUCAUUUUUACAAAAUCUAAUGAAUGAUUUAAAGAUGUAUGCGUUUUCAAGAGAUUCAACAGAAGUUGAUAUGUCUGAUGUCUUGUUGUAUUUGAAAAGAAUAAAUUUUGCUGGUAACAAUGAUUCUACAAAAGAUGUUGAAAAAAUCUCAGGAAUUGCUCAGAGGAAUUUGCCUUUGGAAUUGUUUAUGCAAUUAGAUGAUAGUUUGUGUCAAACUAUUUCUUUGCUAGGUGAAGAUGAUUCUACUACAAAUGGUACUGAAAAAAAAGGUGAUAAUGCUAAUAUUGACAUUUAA